UCGGCGACCACUCCAGUGCAAGCGAAGCGACCGGAGGCUGGUGGCCCGGGGGGACGUGCGGAGGCUGCGGUCCGUUCUUCACUCGUGUCACUCGACCACCGGCAAGGAUCCCGCGGGGUGUUCCAGGGUCGCCUUAUUCUCCCGGGGUUUUUACAACCGGCGCGCUAAAGUCAACCAAGCGGAACCUUAAGCGAGCCCAAGAACCACACAGGGAUAUCGAUCGCGACGUCCUCACUGGGUUACUGCGGGAACUACUUACUAUCCGCGGGAUAUUUGGGGUUCAUCACCUCGUUCUUCAAAGGGUUCUCUACUUGGGAGCGAGAUCGCCACCAUGGAGUUAUCGGGCGUCCUCUUUCUCCUUCUGAUGCUCGGGCUGUGCGCAGCCAACCGGAUUCCAGAAUCUGGAGGUGAUGAUAACAGUGUAUUUGAUCUAUUUGAGCUCAUUGGUUUUUCUCGGAAAGGAGCUGCACGCAAGGUAGGAGGGGUAUAUCUGGCAAAGGGAUCGGAGACCUCCAGCCCUGCCUACCGCAUUGAAGAUGCUAACCGUAUCCCAGCUGUUCCAGACCACAAAUUCCAAGACAUUCUUGACUCUAUCCAAGCUGAAAAGGGCUUCAUCCUAUUGGCUAAUCUUCGCCCAAUGAAGAAGAGCCCUGGCACCUUGCUAGCUGUGGAGCGCAAGGACAACUCUGGCUAUGUGUUCAAGCUGGUGUUGAAUGGCAAGGCAAAAACCUUGGACUUGAGUGUCUUUACCAAAGAAGGCAAUCAGACUUUGGUGUCGGUGGAAGAUGUUGAGUUGCCUACCUGGCAAUGGAACAACAUUACCCUUUUAGUUCAGGAGGAUCAGGCCCAGCUCUAUGUGGGAUGUGAGAAGAUGGUGAAUGCUGAACUGGAAAUCCCAAUUCAGAAUGUCUUCACCAGGGACCUGGCCAGCAGUGCCAGACUUCGUAUUGCCAAAGGGGGAGUUAAUGACAACUUCCAGGGAGUGCUACAGAAUGUAAGAUUUGUAUUUGGAACUACUGUGGAAGCCAUCCUGAGAAACAAGGGCUGUGAAAGCUCCACUAGAACAGUAAUUAAACUGGACAAUCCUAUGAAUGGCUCCAGUCCAGCUAUCCGCACUAACUACAUUGGCCACAAAACAAAGGACAUCCAGGCCAUUUGUGGGUUCUCCUGCGAUGAGCUAAGCAAUGUGUUUGUAGAAUUACAAAGUCUGCGUGCUCUGGUUACGACACUUCAAGAUUCAGUCCACAAAGUGAUUAUAAACAAUGAACUUGCCAGUGGUCCUUUUCAAAUUAGUCCUGGAGCAUGCAUCCAUAAUAAAGUUGUGUACCAAAACACUGAUGAGUGGACCACAGAUACAUGCACAACCUGUACUUGCCAGAACUCUGUUGUCAUCUGCCAUAAAGUGUCUUGCCCUAUCAUGCCUUGUUCAAAUGCCACUGUUCCUGAUGGAGAAUGCUGCCCACGAUGCUGGCCUAGUGACUAUGCAGAGGACGUUUGGUCUCCGUGGUCCGAAUGGACUACUUGCUCUGUGACCUGUGGCAAUGGCAUUCAACAGAGAGGCCGUUCUUGUGAUAGCCUCAACCAUCGCUGUGAAGGCUCUUCCAUACAAACUCGUACCUGCAAUAUGCGGGAAUGUGAUAAGAGAUUCAAACAGGAUGGUCGCUGGAGUCAUUGGUCUCCUUGGUCUUCUUGCUCUGUUACUUGUGGAUCUGGCUUGAUCACUAGAAUCCGUCUCUGCAACUCUCCGCUUCCUCAGAUGGGAGGUAGACAGUGUGAGGGAGAGGCAAGAGAAACUAAAUCUUGCCAUAAAGAUGCUUGCCCAAUAAAUGGGAACUGGGGACCAUGGUCACUGUGGGACACCUGUGCAGUCACAUGUGGAGGGGGCAUUCAGAAGCGUAGCCGUCUCUGCAACAAUCCUGAACCACAGUUUGGAGGGAAGGACUGUAUUGGUGAUGCUGUAGACACUCAAAUCUGCAACAAACAAGAUUGUCCAAUUGAUGGGUGCCUAUCUAAUCCCUGCUUUGCUGGAGCAAAAUGUACUAGUUUCCCGGAUGGUUCUUGGAAAUGUGGUGCCUGCCCUGCUGGUUAUCAUGGAAAUGGAGUUGAAUGCAAAGAUAUUGAUGAGUGUCAAGAGGUCCCUGAUGCCUGCUUUGUAAUUGGUGGAGUGCACAGGUGUGAGAAUACUGAGCCAGGAUACAAUUGCCUACCUUGCCCAUCACGUUUUACUGGAAGUCAGCCCUUUGGUCGAGGUGUGGAGCAUGCAAUAGCAAACAAGCAGGUCUGCAAACCAAGAAACCCCUGCACUGAUGGUACACAUGACUGUAAUAAGAAUGCAAAGUGCAUUUACCUUGGCCACUUUAGCGACCCCAUGCAUCGCUGUGAAUGUAAACCAGGCUAUGCUGGUAAUGGUAUUAUCUGUGGAGAAGAUACAGAUUUAGAUGGGUGGCCGAAUAAGAACCUUCCUUGCAUUGCCAAUGCUACAUACCACUGCAAUAAAGACAACUGCCCCAACCUUCCUAAUUCUGGACAGGAAGACUAUGAUAAGGAUGGAAUUGGUGAUGCCUGUGAUGAUGACGAUGAUAAUGACAAUAUUCCAGAUGGCUUGGACAAUUGCCCAUUCAUUUACAACCCACAACAGUAUGACUAUGACAGAGAUGAAGUUGGUGAUCGCUGUGAUAACUGCCCCUACAAUCACAACCCAGAUCAGAUAGACACUGAUAGCAAUGGAGAAGGAGAUGCCUGUGCUGUUGAUAUUGAUGGAGAUGGCAUUCUUAAUGAAAGAGACAACUGCCAGUAUGUGUACAAUGUGGAUCAGAAAGAUACAGACUUGGAUGGUGUUGGAGACCAGUGUGACAACUGUCCUAUGGAGCACAAUCCAGAUCAGACGGAUUCUGACUCUGACCGCAUAGGUGAUAAAUGUGAUAGUAACCAAGAUAUUGAUGAAGAUGGUCAUCAAAAUAAUCUUGAUAAUUGUCCCUAUGUGCCAAAUGCUAACCAAGCUGACCAUGACAAAGAUGGGAAAGGGGAUGUCUGUGACCAUGAUGAUGAUAAUGAUGGAAUCCCUGAUGACAAAGAUAACUGCAGACUGGUUGCAAAUCCAGAUCAGUUGGACUCUGAUGGGGAUGGACGUGGAGAUGCAUGCAAAGAUGACUUUGAUAAAGAUAACGUGCUAGACAUUGAUGACAUCUGCCCUGAAAACGUUGACAUCAGUGAGACAGACUUCCGUCGAUUUCAGAUGGUUCCCCUGGAUCCUAAGGGAACGUCCCAAAAUGAUCCCAACUGGGUUGUUCGUCACCAAGGCAAAGAACUGGUUCAGACUGUCAACUGUGAUCCUGGACUUGCAGUUGGUUUUGAUGAAUUUAACGCUGUUGACUUCAGUGGCACAUUCUUUGUUAAUACUGAAAGAGAUGAUGACUAUGCUGGCUUUGUGUUUGGAUAUCAGUCUAGCAGUCGCUUUUAUGUAGUUAUGUGGAAACAGAUCACACAGUCUUACUGGCUUGAUUUACCAACCAAAGCCCAAGGAUAUUCUGGCCUUUCUAUUAAAGUAGUAAACUCCACCACUGGUCCUGGAGAACACCUUCGUAAUGCACUGUGGCAUACUGGAAAUACAGCUGGACAGGUGCGAACUCUGUGGCAUGACCCUCAUCACAAUGGAUGGAAAGAUUUCACUGCCUACAGAUGGCGACUCAGUCACAGACCCAAGACUGGCUACAUUAGAGUGGUAAUGUAUGAAGGAAAGAGGAUCAUGGCUGAUUCAGGCCCCAUUUAUGACAAAACCUAUGCUGGUGGUCGGUUAGGAUUAUUUGUCUUCUCUCAAGAAAUGGUGUUCUUCUCAGAUCUUAAAUAUGAAUGUAGAGAUCCCUGAUCAUAAGACUAUUGAUGCAGAAAUUAUUUCUGAAAUGUUGGUAUUGCACCUUCUGAAAAGUUGUUUAGUUUCUGCAAACCCUGGGACAAUUUUGUUUGCUCUUGAUUUUCUUCUGCCUUCAUAAACUAGAGACUCAAAAUACAUUACCUCCUCAAGUGAAUGUAUUUGAGAGAGAGAACUGCAAAGUACACUUCAGACCUGACCUUUGUUGGCACAGAAGAGAACAAAUGUCUUUCAUGAAUAAGAACAUUCUUUGCAUCUGGAGCCGAAGUGUCACUUCUGUAUGAAAGGCAAUUGCAUAGCUGGGCAUUGUCACUGUCCCUCUUUAACUGGAGGUCCAAUGGAGGAGCACUUUUGUAAUGAAAACGUCUUUAUAAUGUGCCAUGGACUACUUUAAAAUGAAAUACACUUCAACUUGUGGGAGAGGUGGGUGGGAAGAAGGCAAUUGUUAGAUAUAGGACUGUGCUUCCCUGGGGUUUACAUCCAGACAAAUUGGAGGAACUGUUACUUAUCUGCCAGCAGCCUUAUUCUGUGCAUGUUUGCUCAGAGGCAAAUCCCACUGAAUUAAGUGGAACUUAUUCCCACACAAGUGUGCACAGGAUUGACAUCUAAAUCUGCUCAACUCAUAUGGAAAUGCUUUGCUUCAUUAUAUAGGAAAACUAGCUAUGCCAGCUGGUUAGCCCCAUGCAGCAUAAAACAAGUUCCAAAAAUUUCAUUGUGGGAUAAGAGGUGGAACAACAUUGGAACAUCGGAUUGCACCAACUUGGUGAAAAAUGGGAUUCACAAAACUCUUGGGGAAAGCAAGUUUACAUGUGCCACUGCAUGACAACCUACGUCUGUAGGUUUGAUACCAGAGGUAGCUAGUGCAAAUGCAGCAAGAACAUUUGAGGUGUCAAAGAGCACCUUCAUCUCAGCUUAGCACUUAUGUUGGACUUCAAAGAACUUUUGUUAUGGUUACAAAGGCACAAAAAUGAUAAACACAAUUAAAUAGAAAAAAUUCUACAAUAUGCAAUGGGAGUUUUGGGUUUUUUAAUAAUGUUUUUUUAUAAGCAUUAAAUUUUGUAGGUGAAAGGCUGUAGAUAAAGAAAAUGUAAAAUAUUUAUUUUUUACCUAUCCUGGCUGUUAUAAAUAACUGAAGGACUAUUAAUUAAAGCAGAAAGCAAUGCAUCAGGACUAUCCACAUAAUCAUUUUGCUACACGACUCCAUGACUGUAAGACUGUAAAUAUACAUUAUUUAUUGUUCUAUAGAUCUAGACAAUAGAGCAGGGGUCCCCCACAUCAUGCCUGGUGGCACUGUGGUGUCCACAAACUCUUUUUCUUGUGCUCCCCUAGUGUUUUUAAGAAGUGGAUAGGGCUUUUGACCAGCAAGGCUUCUGACUGUCUAUUGGAGAAUUGAUUGGCUGUACACAUGUAUUAAAAUGUUGCUUUGGUAGCAGCUGCCUGCACAGUACAAGGACGUACACUGUGUUACUGGAGUUAAGCUGUGGCAAUCGAUUUGUAGCCAAUUCCACUUCCUGAAGCUGCCAUUUUGUUGCUGCACCCACUGUGCCAUGUUUAAAUUCCAAAUGUGCCCUCAGGCUCUAAAAGGAUGGGGACCCCUGUGAUAGAGUAUGCUGUUAUUUUAGUUGCAAAGAAUGGUUUUCCCAUAAGCAAUGUGGAGCACAGAAAAAAGCAGCAAGAUGGGGAUAGGAUUUAUAUGUUAUUCUUAGUGACUGUUCUCCCCUCUUUUUUCUGCACAAGAAAGCUGGCAAAAGCAGGUUGCCUUGCUGCUGUACUGCCAAACCACAAAAGUUUUAGUGUUGACUAUCCUGGUCUCUAGAAGAGAUGGUGUCACUGUUUAUGAACACUGGCCUCAGUCCAUUGUCCAACACACUCCUACUUUUUAACAGGAUUUGCACAAGAGAUAUUCUCAGUGGAUUGUAGCCUAUCAGCUCAGUAACGAUGCUAUAUUGUGUUUUUGCAUUCGUCAUUCUGUCAGAAUCCCUGCCUUAAAGAGGCUGCCAGAUGGAAAUGGCAGAGCCAUUGUCAUUUAACUUCUGCACACUCUGGUGAUCACUGUAUGGUUGCAGAAGUAGAAAGGCCUCUCAGAUGGGAUUUGGGGAGCAUUAUUCAAAUAUUGCUUCUGCUUAAAGGGGCAGCACAGUUAUAUCUUGAGCUUCAUCUUGCUGCAACAAAAAGAAUGUUAAAGGUGAAAACUUUCAUGUACAAAUAUUACCUCAUUAUUUUUGUAAGGCUGAGAAAAGGAAAAAAUACCUUUGAAUCAGGCACAGUUUAGAUAGCUAAAAAAAUUAAAAGCUACUGUAGUAUUAAAGGAUGGAGGAAAGAUGGCAAGCUGUACAUAAUUAAAAUAGAUUUUUUUGCAGAGACUCAUGCUCCCAGUUAAAAAAAAGUAUUGAAGCAAUGCUAAGGACAAUUUCUAAUAUUGUGUUAAUUUGUUUUUAUGUCAUCUUGUAUACCAUUCCCUGUACUUGUAUAAAUUAUUUUUUUCAUUACUGUUGGAAUAGUUAAUCUCCUAUUGUGUAGAUAUGCUAUUUAAGUAAUUUAUCAGAAAAUGCUACCUGUAGAACUAGUGUUUCUAUUUUUAUAAAACAUUUGCACACUGAAUUGAAGAAUUGUUUGCUUCCCAUCCCCAGUGUUGUUUCUAUUAGUAUAUACUUUUUGUCUAAAAUGAGCAUAUUUUGUACACAAUUUAACCAUUUUACAACUUAAAAGCUGUGUAAAAUUGUACAAUAAAAUUUCUUACAUACAAGAAACAAUAAAAAAAGAAAUCUGUAUUUACAA